AUGGCUAUCAACUUUGUCUCGGCCAGUACUCUUCUUUCUUCUUCCAUCCUCCUCCUCCUCAUCUCCUCCGCCUCCUCCAUCAGCUCCGGCAAUGUUCUAAAACCUGAAGAUAGACUUCGCGCUGGGGAACACUUAUCAAUCGGCAACUACAAAUUUGCAAUGCAAAGAGAUUGCAAUCUUGUGUUAUAUGAAAAUGAAACCGUUCUUUGGGCAUCAAAAACGCAAGGAGUAGGCACGAAUUGUAACCUGUAUUUUCGUGGCAAUGGUGAGCUUCUCAUCAUCUCUGGCUUAGGAAGCCCAGUGUGGAGAAGCGAGACAGGGGGGGCAUAUGGAAACUACGAACUUGUUCUUCAACCAAAUGGUAAUGUUGUGAUCUACGCAAGUACAGUAUGGUCUACAGGCACUUCUUCUCCAGUUAGAUCUAUCCAUGCGCCACCUUCAAAGAGCCUCAUCAACAAUCCCUAG